AUGACAAACAUUGUGACGUGCUUAAUCCGCUUUAACGAGAAUAUACGUGUGAUUGACCACGCGAGGAUAGGACUACUUUUCGUGCUCGGUCCUUGGAAGUCGGUAACGCGAUUACGCGAGAUCACGGUGCGAUCCAAUCUCGACGAUGGGAUUAAGGCUUUUCCAGCGGAGACAUUUCUACCAAAAGUGCAAAUGGAAUAUACUGUUGGAUCAAAGAUUCUGCCGCGUAAUGUUGAAAUGGAAAGAAGGCGAAGGGUGUAUAAAAAUCUCAAAAUAGAAGAUGCUUUAGAAGCGGAAGGUGUUAAAUCGCAUGACAUGUUGCCGCCUGAGAAAAUUCGUGCGUUACUUUCCUACGAUAAGAAAUACGAUUUGUACUCCAAAGCAAAUUACUUACCAUUGGAAUUAUUUGACGAUGAAGAAUAUGAUUGUAGAACGACAGAUGAAUGGAUAAAUCUAGGCAUUAUCGAUGGUGUUCGUUACCCGUUACCAGCCUCAGUAUUUGUUGAGAAAAUUGUACACAAAGAACGAAUAUUCGAUCGUGAUAAUAGAAUACUAAGUAAUUUGUAUAAUUGGGUCCCUGCUGCCAUUACGGAUUACGAUAAUGAGCGGAAACUCUGGACUGUUCUCACUUUGGACGCUCUCAAGCGAAAAUUCCUUCUACCUAGAAUAUACAUUCGAUUCUUAGGAGAGAAUCCCAGACAAUUUGCUCAAAGGAUAGCUAAUGCCAUCAAACAAAGACAAAUUGCUGAAAGUAGUAUUAGAUAUCACUUUUAUUUGGAUUGUAUGCUAAUAGAUGGUAUGCCAACACUCGAUGAAAAACAACAAGAUUUUAUAAUCCUAUCAGCUACACGACAAGGUUCCAUGAAAUACGAAUCGAAAUAUCUUUCCAGCUUAAUAGACGAAAUUAUUUUGGAAUAUCGUCGCGUUAUGUGCGACCUUACGUGGAGACCUCUCAUAGAGAAACAACCGGGAAUGUUUAAUUUUAUUAUGUGGAGAGAAAUCAAUGACAUUUGCGAAUUUGCUUCAUCGAAGAUUUACACAGAAAUGGAAGAUUUUACAAAAACGAAAAAUUUUGUGCAUUGGGUAAUACUAUACGUUGUGCCGGAAGUACAUGAAGCUAUGCAGUGCGUAGCCACCGAAUGUAUUCACGUGUUGAAUCUGUGUCUUUUUAUCCCGAAUUAUGGAAAAUCUAUAUAUCUAUCAGAAUUUGAAUCGCAACAGAAUCAAGAAACUGCCACAGUGAUAAAGUAUUUAAAAGAAACGUGGGUGGAAAAGAUUGUUCAGUCUGUCAGAUUAUGUUUAAGGGAUAUCGGAAAAGGAUGGUUUGAUCUUAAACAACGAAGGCACGAUGUAUACAAUGUAAUGAAAUUGAAACGAUUUAUGGAUCUUAUUGCAUAUCGAAUGCAGAAUGCGCUUCGGAAUUUGGUAGAGAAAUCAAUUGCUCUGUAUUUAGAAAUGUUGGAAACUCCAGCGCUUUGUGCAUUAAAUAUUGACGAAAAUUUUACAUGGGGAGAUGAUCUCGUAAACACGCAAUUUAAACCUCCAGUGAAUCCUGUUUUCAAUAUUGAUCUCAUGAUGAAUGAUAAAACUGCUUAUUAUUUAACGGAUCUUGAAUCAUUUGAGGAUCGUAUCGUAGUUCUGCUUGACAAUUCUCUGAGCCAAUGUCAUCAAAUUAAGCAAGUUCACCCUUUCUUGCUAUCCUUCCUAAAGUUUCCCAAAGAUUUGUAUCUUAGUUCAGUCGGCUUACUGGAGAAACAAGUUUGCGAAGUUCGUGAUCGUUUGAGAGCCGCUUAUCGGAAGACCGUAAUAUCCCUCAAGGCGUACGCGAACGAAUACCAGCAGUAUUUAGGAAUUUACAAAUUGAACAUUGAAGAAUAUGUAGAAGAUUUCAAAAAAGUGGAUCAUACCGCUGCGGAAAUCAAAGAUGAAAUAUCCUUUCACUUCAAGAUGAAAUCGAUUCUCGAAUUGACAUUGCCGAAGGACAUUGUCAUAGGACCCUUCCGCGUGAAUGUCCGACCUCUUAAACAAUUCUUGAUACAAAAACGACAGAACUGUUGCACACAAUUGCUCGUUAUGUUCACUGAGAGUCUAAGGACGCAAAUCGAUAUCGUUUUAUCCGAUUAUAUGCAGAUUAGAACGAGGCUAAAGGCAGUACCACGCAAUAUUAAGCACUUAUUCGAGGAACAAGAUUGGAUGGAAACCAUACCAUUAACGGUGAGAGCUCUGGAUAAAAUUGUACAGAAGCUGAAACACGAAUAUGAUAUUCUCGAUCACUUCUGGUGGAAUCUGUCAGAUCAAGACUUCGAAGCUAAAUGGCAAGCUAUUAGUUUUCCUCGGCAAAUACUGUUAUAUAUAGAAGAGACUAGAAAACGUUUCGCGAAUGAAUAUGAAAAAUUUUAUAAGGCGCAGAUACAGGACGAAAUCCUGCUGUCAGAGAAAAUCAACACACUCGUGGGAAAUGUUUCAAAUGUAGCACUGCAAACGGAUAUCAACAGAAUACUUGAAAUAGCCGUAGAAGUAAAGAGAAUCUGGAAAAUGAUAAAUGAUUGCCAAGAAUCGAGUUUAUUAUUAAACGAGCGACAGAAAUUGUUUGGCAUGAACGUCGUGCCGUUCGAACAAUUAAACAAAUUGAUGAGGGAAUUUGAACCGUAUCAGAUUUUAUGGAUAACUGCAUCCGAUUGGUUAAAAUGGCAAGAAGUGUGGAUGGAGAAUCCUCUAAUAAACAUUGAUGCUAAUCAAAUUGAAAGCAUAGUUGCUGAUAUGCACAAAGCUAUGUCGCGUUGUGUGAAAAUAUUUCAAGAGAAUCCAAAAAUAGUUGCUAUAGUGCUCACUAUAAGAGAUCAAAUUGAAGCAUUUAAGCCUUGCAUCGGUAUAAUACAGGCUUUGCGAGAUCCAGGAAUGAAAGCUCGACAUUUUGAAGAACUUUCUAAACAAACUGGCAUACAAAUGGAACUUACACCAACUUUAACUUUUAAGAGCUUACUCUUCCUCGGUGCGAUGAAAUAUGAAGAUACUGUGAAAACCGUCGCAGAAGCUGCAGCAAAGGAAUAUUUGAUAGAAGAUGAACUGGAUAAAAUGAUGACUAAAUGGAAAACAAUCACAAUGGACAUUCUCUCUUAUAAAAAUACUGGUACAUAUAUAAUGAAGAUUUCCGAUGAGAUUAUCUCUCAUUUGGACGAUGAUAUGCUUAAUACUCAGCAUCUUAGUUUUAGUCCUUUCAAAGCUGCCUUUGAGAACCAAAUCAAUGAAUGGGAAGCUAAAUUGAAAUUAAUUCAGGAAGUGAUCACGCUGUGGACAGAAGUACAAAAGCAAUGGAUGUAUUUAGAGCCGAUAUUUUCGUCAGAAGAUAUAAAUCGGCAAUUACCCGUAGAAACGAAAAAAUUCAAUACAAUGGAGCGCAACUGGAGACGAAUUAUGAAAAAUGCAUACGACUGCUCAUAUAUAAUUAUUACCUGCGCUGACAAGAUUUUAUUGGAGAGUCUGAAGGAAUGCUUGUUGAUUCUUGAAAUCGUCCAGAAGGGUCUAUCAGAUUAUCUAGAGACAAAGCGAAUGAUCUUCCCACGCUUCUUCUUCUUAAGCGAUGAUGAACUCUUAGAGAUAAUUAUUCAAUCUAAGAACGUCCAGGCGAUACAGCCAUAUCAAAAAUGUUUCGAAAAUAUAAGCAAAUUGAGAUUUGAGCACGAUCUCAGGGUAACAAAAAUGUAUUCCGCCGAAUACGAAGAGGUCGCGUUACAACCAUCGAUUUAUCCCGAGGGAAAUGUAGAAAAUUGGUUGGGAGAGGUCGAGGACACAAUGCGUAAUACUCUGCGAAAACUCAUCGCCGAAGCCCUUGAAACAGUAGAAACGACAUCGCGAGAACAAUGGAUGUACAUGUGGCCGGGUCAGGUAGUUCUUUGUGGAAGUCAAACGUAUUGGACUGCCCAUGUAGAAGAGGGCAUUAGAAGUAAUACUCUGCCGGAUUAUCAUAAUCUGAUGUUGUUACACCUGGAGAUGUUACUGAUAUUAAUACGCGGUUCGCAAACCGAGAUUCAACGAUUGAUGCUGGAAGCUGUGAUCACAAUUGAGAUUCACGCCAAAGAUGUUUUGUAUAAAUUGAUUCAACAAAAGAUAACUAAUGUCAAUGAUUUUGAAUGGAUCUCUCAAUUAAGAUAUUACUGGGUUGAUAAUAAGGAUUUAAAGAUUCGCGCAAUUAAUGCUGAAUUUCCAUACGAAUAUGAAUAUUUAGGUAACAAUGGUAGACUAGUAAUUACACCGUUGACCGAUCGUUGCUGUCUUACUUUUACCAGUGCGUUGCAUCUGAAAUUCGGCGGUGCACCGACUGGUCCAGCAGGAACUGGUAAAACGGAAACUACGAAAGACCUCGCGAAAGCAUUCGCGAUUCAAUGCGUGGUUUUUAAUUGCUCUGAUCAGCUUAACUUUAAAUCUAUGGGCAAAUUCUUCAAAGGCCUCGCCAGCGCUGGUGCAUGGGCCUGUUUCGAUGAAUUCAAUCGAAUCGAUAUCGAGGUUUUGUCCGUCGUAGCGCAACAAAUUAUGACUAUUCAACAGGCGCAACACGAACGAGCGAGCGUAUUUAUUUUUGAAGGGUAUGAACUCACCUUAAAGCCGUCCUGCGCUGUGUUUAUUACUAUGAAUCCUGGCUAUGCAGGUCAAACAGAAUUACCUGAUAAUUUAAAGGCACUUUUCCGGCCGGUGGCUAUGAUGGUGCCAAAUUAUGCUCUUAUUGCUGAAAUAUCUUUGUUCUCGUACGGCUUUAUGGAUGCGAAAAACCUUGCCAGAAAGAUCACGACAACUUUUAAACUAAGCUCGGAGCAACUAAGCACACAAGAUCAUUACGACUUCGGCAUGCGCGCAGUGAAGACUGUUAUUGUAGUUGCUGGCAAUUUGAAAAAAGAGCAGAAAGAUCUUGAAGAGAACCAAAUCUGCUUCCGGGCUUUGAGAAAUGUAAAUGUUCCCAAGUUCUUGAAGGACGAUUUAAAGUUGUUUAAUGGUAUUGUGUCGGACCUCUUUCCUGGGCUCAUUGAGAAACCAGUGGAUUAUGGAAUCCUAGAAGCAGGCAUUCGUAAAUCUAUCAGACAAAUGGAUUUAGAAGACGUCAAUGACUUCGUGAGGAAGGUAAUUCAACUGUAUGAAACUACGUUGGUGCACAGCGGAUUAAUGUUGGUCGGUCCAACCGGCUCCGGGAAGACCAAGUGUUACAAAGUCUUGAAACAUGCGUGUACAAAUCUAAAAGGUCAAUCACAACCAAGUGGCAAGCCAUUCACUGCAGUUAUUUCAUAUGUAUUGAAUCCAAAAGCUAUAUCAAUGGGUCAAUUGUAUGGCGAAUACGACCCGGGCACACACAAAUGGAUAGACGGAAUAUUGCCAACUUUAAUACGAGCAGAUAUAAUAGCAGCUGAUCAUGAUAAACGUUGGUACAUUUUUGAUGGACCGGUCGAUGCAGCUUGGAUAGAGAAUAUGAACACUGUUCUGGAUGAUAACAAAAAGCUUUGUCUUACAUCAGGAGAGAUAAUAAAGUUAUUGCCAACUCAAACCAUGAUAUUCGAAGUAUCAGAUCUUCGAGUAGCUUCUCCGGCUACAAUUUCUAGAUGUGGUAUGGUAUAUAUAGAAUCAAAAAAUGUAGGUUUGCAACCUUUAAUCGAUUGCUGGAUACGAUCGCUACCAAAGGUAAAUCAUAUGAGCGAUUAUAUCGAAGAAAUAACGGAUUUAACAGCUCAACUAGUGCUUCCUGGUCUAAAAAUUAUACGAGAAAAUUUACGAGAAAUCGUGAAUACGGUAGAUUUCGCCAUUGUUCAAUCUUAUAUAAAUUUAAUGAACUUCAGAAUUCGACCGAUGGCUGACCGUGAAGGAAAAGCAUUACCAACGGAUUUGCUGUCACCAUGGGCAGCUUUCGCUAUUGUUUGGGGAUUAGGUGCUACUUGCGAUUAUAAAAGUCGACGUAUAUUUAGUGACUGGCUGAGAAAAGUGCAAAAGGAUGCCCAACAUAAAACACCGUUUCCAGAAGAUGGUCUUGUGUUUGAUUAUAGAUUGCACGAUGGCGGAUUCACCGAUCCUAUCGAAGGUCAAGAACCAAUUCCAUCAAAGUGGUACAAGUGGUUGGACGGAAUUCCACUCAUCAGAAUAAUGCCAGAAACAAAAUAUACCGAUAUCGAAGUGCCAACUGCAGACAACGUGCGAAACGCUGCAUUAAUUGAAUAUCUUCUCAUUAAUGAGACAAAUAUACUUUGCGUGGGUCCAACCGGAAGCGGCAAAACCCUGACGGUGUCGACGAAACUAUCGCGUAACAUGCCGAAGAAAUAUAUUUGCGACUUCAUGACGUUCUCGGCGCGAAUUACGGCGAAUCAGACUCAAGAUUUAAUUGACGCGAAAUUAGACAAGAGACGUAAAGGUAUUUACGGGCCGCCGAUCCUGAAAAAGCAAAUUUUUUUUAUCGACGAUUUCAACAUGCCGACGUUGGAUGCGUUUGGCGCUCAACCACCGAUUGAAUUAAUCCGACAGUUUAUGGAUUUAAACGGAUGGUACGACAGAAAAGAAAUUGGAUCCUUUAGGCUGAUCGAGGACGUAAAUUUUGUCGCUGCUAUGGGACUUCUCGAAGGUGAAAGAAACCUAAUAACUGCCAGACUUCUACGACAUUUCCAUAUUAUUGCAUUUCUAGAAAUGGAGGACGACAUCAAAUCGCAUAUCUUCAAAACCAUUUUUAAUUCGUGGCUGUCAAAUACACCAGAACUUGGAAAUAUGCUGGACGAUAUAGUGAACGCUACUUUAAAAAUUUUUACAAUUACAUGCAGCGAAAUGUUGCCGACUCCUAAUAAAUCCCACUAUACUUUCAAUCUCCGCGAUUUGAGUAAGGUAUUCCAAGGUGUACUUAUGGCGGACGCAAGAAAAAUGCUAACUCGAGAAAAAUUAUUGUUACUUUGGUAUCAUGAAAAUAUUCGAGUCUUCAGUGAUCGAUUAAUUGAUGACGAAGAUAAAAAAUGGUUUGAUAAAUUCUUGCGAGAAAUAUUAAACAAAAAUUUCCAUUGUGACAUCGAUAAUUUUAUUGGGAAGAAACUAUUAUUUUAUGGUGACUUUUGUGGCCCAGCGAAAGAGUAUGAACAGAUAACAGAUAUGAAAAAAGUAAUUAAUUUCAUUUAUAAUGGAAAAAUUUUACUUGAUUUUUUGGACGAUUAUAAUAACUCAACGACAUCGCCGAUGCAAUUAGUACUAUUUGAAGAUGCAAUGAAUCACAUUUGUAGAAUCAUGCGGAUUCUUCGACAACCUAGAGGAAACGUCUUAUUAUUAGGAAUGGGUGGUUCAGGACGUCAAAGUCUGACGAAGCUUGCAUCGCACAUUCAAGAGUAUAACUGUUUCCAGAUUGGAAUUAGCAAAGUAUAUACGACCUAUGACUGGCAAAAUGAUAUCAAAAACGUAAUGCUAAAAGCAGGAUUACGGAAUCAGUCUAUCGUCUUUCUGUUUUCUGACACGCAGAUAAAGAAUAAUUCCAUGCUGGAGGACCUGAACAACAUUUUAAAUAGUGGUGAUAUUCCGAACAUAUACCAAGCUGAUGAAGUAGACAAAAAUUAUCAAGCAAUGCGAGCGCUAGUACAAGAGAUUAGCCUACCAAUCAACAAGAGUAAUCUUUUUUCCACUUAUCUGAAGAGAGUCAGAAAUAAUUUGCAUAUUGUCAUCACAAUGAGCCCGAUUGGAGAUAUAUUUCGCGCUCGCAUCAGACAAUUCCCAGCACUAGUAAAUUACUGUACGAUUGAUUGGUUUUGCCCCUGGCCGGAUACCGCACUUCAGAGCGUAGCAACGCAUUUUUUGUUGAAUAUCAAAGACGAAUCGAUCACAGAUGAAACUUUGCGAUCUAUUGUAAGGAUAUGUCAAUGUAUGCAUACCAGCGUGAUCGACGCCAGUGAUCGAUUCUUGAAAGAACUGGAUCGUCAUAAUUACGUCACUCCUACAUCGUAUUUGGAAUUAUUGUCCAGUUAUAGUAAUCUCUUAAAAAAGAAGAAAAACGAAUUAAAUUCUUCGAUGACUCAUUUGUCUACCGGAUUAAAUAAACUGACGAACACAGAAGCAGAAGUUAAAGAUAUGCAGGAGCUAUUAAAACGUAUGAAGCCUGGGAUAGAAAAAGCAACGAAAGCUACAGUAGAAACGAUACAAAAAAUUACCCAAGACACGAUUGAAGCGGAAAAUGCCAAACUAAUAGCGAUGCAACAAGAAGCGGUAGCAUCCAAAAUGAAGGCAGAGAAUAAAACGAUUAGAGAUGAAGCGGAAGCUGAUUUGAAUGAAAUAAAACCAAUGCUCGAAGCUGCCGAGGCUAGCUUGAAAGCAUUAAAUAAGAACGAUAUUGUGGAAGUAAAAGCGAUGAAGAGGCCACCAGUAGGAGUGCUUUUAGUGAUUGAAGCAAUGUGCAUUGUAAACAAUGUAAAACCACAUAAGCUCCCUGGAAAACUACCCGGCGAAAAAAUAUUAGAUUACUGGACUCCUGGAAGUCAGAUGUUAGCAGAUCCCAUUCAUUUUUUGUACACAAUGGAGCAUUUUAAGAAAGAAGAUAUUACGGAAGAAAUGAUCAACAAACUCAAGGAUUAUAUAGAAAAUCCCAAUUUCGAACCAGCCAAGGUGCUUGAAGUUUCGAAAGCUUGUCACUCUUUGUGCUUGUGGGUCCACGCGAUGUACAACUAUUACUUCGUAAAUAAGAGAGUAACACCCAAAAUGAUAGCUUUGGCGAAAGCUGAAGAGAUCUUGGUUGAAACUGAAAAAACUGUUGCAACCGCUAUGAACAGACUGCGGGAUAUAAAAGAAGGUAUCGACAAACUGCAAGAUCAAUUGCGGGAAAAAGAAGAGAAGAAGGCUGACUUAAGACAGAAACAGCUAUGUGAGGAACGAAUGGCUCGAGCUGUAAGACUGAUCGUUGGUUUGUCAGAUGAACAGAAGCGAUGGAUCAUCAUGGUAGACGAUAUAAAAGCAUCCUUAAAGAAUGCUAUUGGUGAUAUCCUUCUAUCGUCAGGCGCGAUAGCGUAUUUGACGCCAUUCACGGAUACCUAUCGUCAGGAACUACUAGCGAUUUGGUACAACGCUCUAGGCGAUGAUGUGCCUUAUACUCCUGGCAGCAAACCAGUAUUGAUACUCGGCAAUCAGAUGGAGAUAAGAAAUUGGCACAUUGAUGGUUUACCAAGGGAUGCUAUGUCCGUCGAGAACGCAGUUCUCGUAAUGCAUUCAAAUCGAUGGCCCCUCUUCAUUGACCCUCAAUCACAGGCGAAUAAAUGGAUACGCAAUAUGUACAAGCGAAUCGGACUUGCAGUGGUAAAAAUAACAGAUAAGAACCUUUUACGCAUCAUUAAAAUUUGUGUACAAGUCGGGAGACCCUGUUUAAUCGAAAACGUUGGUACCGAAUUGGAGGCUGCCUUAGAUCCGAUUCUUACGCGUUCAUUAUUCAAGCAUGCCGGACAAUCGAGUAUCAAAAUCGGGGAGAAUAUUGUACCUUACAACUUCGAUUUUCGUCUUUUUUUAACUACAAAAUUAUCAAAUCCGCAUUACACUCCAGAAAUAGCGGUAAAAGUGCUAAUAGUCAACUUUGCACUUACUGUUAGUGGUCUUGUCGACCAGAUGCUCUCUUUAGUUACGAUACAAGAACGUCCUGAUCUCGAACAAGAAAGAAACACACUUAUUGUAUCAAGUGCUGAAAUGAAACGAGAUCUAAAGGCAAUCGAGCAUAGAAUUCUGGACAAACUCGCGAUAUCCGAAGAAUCGAUAGUUGAUGACAUUGAUCUGAUUCUUACCUUGGAAGCUUCUAAAGCUAAGAGCGAAGAAAUCAAGAUAAAGAUGGAGUCUGCCGAACUUACGCAAACAAAUAUCGAUUUAAUAAGAUCAUUAUACAUGCCAGUAGCAAAUCGGGCACAAAUACUGUUUUUUUGUAUCGUUGAUCUACAACGUAUCGAUAUUAUGUAUCAAUAUUCUUUAGAGUGGUUUAUUAUUAUAUUUAACAAUAGCAUAUCAAAUACUGAAAAAAGUAAAGAUAUCGAUAAACGAAUUGCAGACAUCAACGAGAACUUUACCUUUGCACUUUUCUCAAAUGUAUGUCGCAGUUUAUUUGAAAGACACAAACUGCAUCUCGGCUUUCUCAUCUGCGCACGUAUUCUUUUGGACGACAAAAGAAUUGAUUCAAAAGCGUGGCGACAUUUUCUUAUUACAACCUCUCCAAUACAGGACUUGCCAAAUCCCGCACCAGAAUGGAUUACUCCAAGAUGCUGGAAAGAGAUUCAAACUCUAGAGAGGCUUCCAAAGUUUGAUAAAUUUGUCACAUCUUUCCAGUUAUUGUUAAUCCAAUUUAAAACCAUAUUCGAUACUCAGGAAGCUCAUUUAGCACCGUUUCCUGAACCAUGGAAGACAAAGCUUGACGAUUUCGAGAAAUUAUUGAUACUUAAGUGUCUGCGACCUGACAAGCUGAUCAAUGCUAUGCAACUCUAUCUGACAAAGUAUUUAGGUCGACAAUUUGUCGAACCGCAAACAACAGAAUUAUCAAUGAUUUAUAAAGAGUCAUUCAAUGUCACGCCAAUUGUCUUUAUCUUAUCGCCUGGUACUGAUCCAGCUAAAGAGUUAUAUAAGUUUGCCGACAAGCUAAAAAUGGACAGAAAAUUAUAUUCGAUAUCUCUUGGCCAGGGUCAAGGACCCAGAGCAAAAGCCAUGUUGAAACAAUCAACGGAGAUGGGCACUUGGAUCUUCUUUCAAAAUUGUCAUUUGGCACCAACUUGGAUGCCGCAACUCGAAUAUCUCGUCGAAACAUUAUUACAAAAAAAUAUUCAUCGAGAUUUUCGAUUGUGGUUAACAUCCGCACCUUCUCCCAAUUUUCCCGUCAGUAUUCUUCAAAACAGCAACAAAAUGACAAUAGAACCACCGCGAGGUAUAAAGGCUAAUAUGCUUCGUGCAUAUCUGACACAAGUGACAGAACUUCUGCAACCUAAUCAUCCAAAAGCUCCGCCAUUCAAGUGGCUUAUAUUCUCUCUUUGCAUGUUUCAUUCCAUAUUACUUGAAAGACGAAAAUUCGGUCCCCUUGGUUUCAAUAUAUCCUACGAAUUUACUAACGGAGAUUUAGCUAUAUGCUUGUCACAACUACACAUGUUUCUUAUGGAAUAUGAUAUUUUGCCAUUUAAGGUUCUCGUAUAUACUGCCGGACAUAUUAAUUAUGGUGGAAGAAUAACAGACGACUGGGAUCGCCGAUAUGUUCUAACACUUCUCGAAAAUUAUUAUAAUACCAAUGUUGUUUCUCCACAUUAUCAAUUUGAUGAACAAAACAUUUACCAUCAGCUACCAGCUGCAGCGUCAUUCAACGAUUAUCUAGAGUAUAUAAAGGGUCUUCCUUUAAAUGACGAUCCGUCACUUUUUGGCAUGCAUUCAAACGCCGAUAUAACAUGCGCUCAAGCAGAAACGUAUACCUGCCUCGCAACUUUGUUAAGUAUGCAGCCCAGAGAAGUUGGUAUUGCAGCUGCAAAUAUCGAGGAAGUAACAGUCGAAUUAAUUAAUGAUAUGUUAGCCACAAUACCCGAACUAUUUGAUUUAAUCGCAAUGGAAGCGAAAUAUCCUAUAUCGUACAAAGAGUCUUUUAAUACUGUGUUACUACAAGAAGCCAAACGAUACAACGAUUUACUCGAAAUGGUGCAAUCAACGUCACAAAAUCUUUUGAAAGCUUUAAAAGGUUUAAUUGUUAUGUCAGAGGAGCUUGAAAUAAUGGCUACUAGUCUUUUUAAUAAUAAAAUACCGACAAAUUGGCAAAACAAGAGUUAUCCUUCUCUAAAAUCUUUAGCCGCAUGGUUCCUAGAUUUAAAAGACAGGAUUAAAUUUAUAAAAGACUGGGAAAAUCACGGUAUACCGCCUACAUUUUGGAUAUCAGGUUUUUACUUUCCUCAAGCCUUUCUAACUGGCACGUUGCAAAACUUUGCACGCAAACAUAUAGUGUCUAUUGACACAAUCGAUUUUAGCUACAAGGUUUUAAUUUCCAAACCAACACAAAGACCAUCGGAUGGUUGUAUUAUUUAUGGUCUUUUUCUGGAAGGUUGUCGAUGGAACGGAAAUAAUCUCGUAGAGUCUUUACCAAAAGAAUUAUUUACUGAUAUGUCGCCAAUUCUUCUAUUGCCGGAAAUUAAUCACGUAAUUCCAUCUCGUGGAAUUUAUAUAUGUCCUGUAUAUAAAACUAUUGAGCGCUCUGGAACUUUGACAACAAUGGGACAUUCCACAAAUUUUAUUCUAGCAAUGGAAAUUCCUACUGACAAACCACAAUCGCACUGGAUAAAGAGAGGAGUGGCAUUGAUAUGUGCUCUAGACUAUUAG